UAUAUGAUUCUAACAUGUUUACCUUUUUAUGCAAGGCUAACACUGUUAAUUUUUUGCUAGUUUUGGCUGAACCCACAAUCAUGGCGGCUUCUGCUGCUGCGAAAGCAAUGACUCGUUCCCAAAGCACUGGAGAAGGUGAAACACACCUGGAUUAUGAACCAACUCUUAUGUAUGGAAAAUAUAGUAAGGAACUAUCAGAAUUUGCAAGAAAUGAAGCUGCCAGAAUAAAGCGAGAAAAGAGUUUAAAAAAACUUGAAACUACCCCUCUGACCCCCUACUCGAAUACGAGAUGUGGAAAAAUGAAACAGCAUUUUGUUGUUUGCAAAAAGUGGUGCUUGAAAAAGAUAAGAGCAGAGUGGAUAUUUCUACUUCUUCUUGGCAUUAUCAUGGCCCUUUUGAGUUUUCUCAUGGAUUACACAAUACAAAAAUGUCAGAGGGCACAUUACUGGCUUUACACUGAACUUAAAGACUACAUUGUACUGCAGUAUUUUGCAUGGGUUCUUUUUCCGAUUGUUUUUAUAACGUUUUCCGUCGGUUUUGUGCACAUAGUGUCCCCUCAGGCUGUUGGGUCGGGUAUUCCUGAAAUGAAAACAAUCAUGAGAGGAGUUGUGCUGCAUGAGUACCUAACAUUCCGGGUUCUGGUUGCUAAAAUGAUAGGUUUAACCACUUCAUUAGGCAGCAGGCUACCAAUUGGUAAAGAAGGUCCAUUUGUUCACAUUGCUAGCAUUGUAGCAACGCUGUUAAAUAAAUUCGGCAUCAAUUUCUCAACUCCAUUUGAGAAUGAAUCACGGACAAGUGAAAUGCUAGCUGCUGCCUGUGCAGUUGGUGUUGCAUGCAAUUUUGCAGCUCCUAUAGGAGGUGUACUGUUUAGUAUAGAAGUCACUACCACAUAUUUUGCAGUCCGUAAUUACUGGAGAGGAUUCUUCAGUGCUGUAUGCGGUGCACUUGCAUUUCGAUUACUUGCAGUUUGGAACUCCGAAGAGGAAACGAUCACAGCAUUAUUUAAAACCAACUUCCGUGUUGAGUUUCCAUACGAUUUGCAAGAACUCCUCGCUUUCUGUGGCAUUGGGAUCGUGUGCGGUUUGGCAGGGGCGUUAUUUGUUUACAUUCACAGGCAAAUUGUAAACCUAAAUCGCAACCAUCAAAAAGUUAAAGAAUUUUUGCAGCGAAACCGGUUUAUUUACCCUCUGAUUGUCUCAUUUGUUAUCAGCUCCCUUACCUACCCAAGAGGAUUUGGCCAAUUUAUGGCAGGAGAACUUACCCUGAAAGAGGCAUUAGAUACAUUAUUUGACAACAAAACUUGGGCAAAGUUGGGUUAUAUUGACGAAUCUGGUGUUCUGAAUGACACUCAAGCUGGCUGGAAACAUCCAACAGUGAAUAUUUAUGUCACUCUUGUCUUAUUUGUUGUUGUGCAUUUCUUCACAACAGCAAUUGCGAUCACAAUAGCCGUGCCCUCUGGUGUAUUCAUGCCUGUGUUUUUAACUGGAGCUGCAUUUGGACGUUUAGUUGGAGAAAGUAUGGCUGCAUUAUAUCCUGAUGGAUUUUACAGUGGGGCGCAAAUAUUUCGCAUUGUGCCUGGUGGGUAUGCAGUAGUUGGUGCAGCUAGUUUAUCCGGUGCAGUAACACACACCAUAUCCACCUCAGUUAUUGUAUUUGAACUUACAGGUCAAAUCUCCCAUAUAUUACCUGUUAUGAUAUCAGUGCUUAUAUCAAAUGCUAUAGCUCAGUGGCUGCAGCCUUCUAUAUAUGAGAGCAUUAUACAAAUCAAAGGCCUUCCAUACCUUCCUGACCUCAGAACUGGCCAGCGUAGGCUGUACAGCAUAUUUGUCCAAGAUUUCAUGGUAAAAAAUAUGAAGUAUAUAUCAUACACAUCUACUUAUAAAGAAUUAGACCAGCUGCUGAAACGGUGUAAGCAUAAGUCCCUACCAUUAGUUGACUCACCUGCUUCUAUGGUUUUACUUGGAUCUGUAAGUAGAUCUUCACUUGAAAAGAUCCUUGAAACAAAACAAACAAGUCAUAGGUUUUCUGUAGCUGAGGCAGCUGCUACAGAAGAUGCAGCAAAAUCAAACGUACGGAACCACGAAAGAAAUCACUCUGCUGGGGCAGAUUUAAAACAUGUUAUUGCUGAAGACUCUGACCCUUUAAACACCCCAACUACUUCAGAGCAAGUCACAAACUUCUACAGUGAACAAGUCAAUUUUGAUGACUGUCAAAUUGACCCUUCACCCUUCCAGCUAGUUGAGCGCGCCUCCCUGCAUAAAGUUCAUUCGCUUUUCUCGCUUUUAGGCCUCAGCCAUGCUUAUGUAACUAGCAUUGGUAAACUAGUAGGUGUGGUUUCACUUAAAGAGCUCAGAAUGGCAGUGCAAGGAGUUACUGAGGAUAAAGGCAACACAAGACCACAGCGUAACGCUCACUUACAAAUUCGUUACAACCACGACACACAGGAAUUAAGUUCUUUAAACUUAGAAGAAAAUAAUGAAGAAGAAAGUGAAGAGGAUGAAGUAUACAGCAACAAAAACCACAAUUAGGAACAUUUUCCUAACCCUUGUUAACUAAACACUGCUUAAAUAUAUUUCUUUAUUUUUCAAAAUUUUGGGAAAAUAUUUUGGUUUAUCUUUUUAAAAAGUAUCUGUAAAUUGAACCAAAUGUUAUAAUCAAUUGAACAAAAAAGCCUCUUUAAAAUAAGUAGUGCAAUAGUUUGUUAGUACUCUGUUCAUUACCACUCAGUUCAUGUCAUUCUGUAGUAAGUACUUACUAUAUAUUCAGCAGUUGAUCUAUUCAGCGUCAAAUAUAAUUUUAAAUAAUUAUUUAACCACUGCUUUUUUACCUAGUGCUUUCAUGUAUUUUCUAAUUUCACCCCAUAAUUAUUACAAAAAGUGGAACUGCAAUAUUGUUUUCAUGAACCAGGCCUUUUAUUAUUAAUGGAACAAUGAUUUAAAUCAGUGUUUUAUUUCCUUUCUUCUGCCAAUUUGUUUGGGUAACGUUGUGCCUUGAAUAUAACAACACUGUGUUUCAGUUGGAUUAAAAUUUCCCCUAAUUGUAUGCUACGUAAUACUGUACAGUUAUUUAUAAUAUUUUAUAGUCUAUUUUUGCAUGAAGUUUCCACCUAUCCACCCUUUAAAUAGUUUUAUUCAGCGUUAUGUAUUUUAUCAUGUAGGUUGUUACAUUCUCAGUCAUACCACCCGCGCACAUUAAAGCUUUGAUUUGAUUUUUUUGCUCACCACUUUUAAUUUCUCCACCUUGCUCAAUCUUUUAAUUUCUCUCACUUUUAGAUAAAUAGGCAUUAAGUAGUAACCUGGUAUAUUCUGCAGUGCAUGAAAAUAUGUAAUAAAAGCACAAAAAGAGUUGUAAAA